GAUCCGUAUAGGCCUCCGAAAUCGUUUGCGCCUUUGGUUACAGUACAAUAUAUAUUGGCGCUGCCAUUACCGAUCAACUCUACAAGGAAGGAAUUGAUGUUCCUUGCCAUUUGGGAAUCUGGAAGUCAUUCUGCGUACACCCAUGUCACCCAGUCUAGGUUUAGGUCUAAAUUUUGUUUUGAACAUUGAACUUGGAUGUUCAUUGCGAUUUGGGAAUCUGGAGUUUAGAGCGGGUUUAAUGGAGAAGUAUUGGGAAGAUCACCCUGGGUAAGCUCUACCUUCAAUGAAACCAUAGUUUUAGAAGUGAAAGCUCAAGCACUCGCCAUUCUCCUCCUGGUUCAUACUUGAAACAUGGUAUGGUAAUCUAAUUCAUCUUAGUGCUUUUCAUUGUUGAAACUCAACAUCUCAUUCAUCCUUCAUAUCUCAACAACGCUCUUAAAGCAUGAGCGGCACAAUAUUGGAGGAUUAUCCUCAAGCCAACUUCUAUCAGUCUCUUUGGACUUUCCCUUUCGAAGUAGAAGUUUCCAUACCCUUUGUUUUAUUCUUCUCCCCAAUCGACGUGGGAUCUAAAACUACCUGCAAGAGAUUGUUCAUCCUUCAUAUCUCAACAAGGCUUUUAAAGCACGAGUAGCACAAUAUUCGAGGGUUAUUCCCAAGCCCACCGCUAGCAGAUAUUGUUUUCUUUGGACUUUCUCUUUCGAGUUUCCUCUCAAGGUUCAUAAAACGCGCUUGUUAGGGAGAGGUUUCCACACCCUUCAAAGAAUGUUUAGUUCUCCUCCUAAUCGAUGUGGGAUCUAACACUAUCUGCAAACUAUCUGCAAGAGAUUGUUAGACUUAUAAAGAAACAGAUCCUAGUUACUGUGUCCUAGAGGUUAAGAAAUCUAGGCUGAGAGGCACUGCCAUAUUGAUGACCCAUAAGGGUUAGAUAGCCCGUUUAGAUUAUGAGUUUCUGGUUUCAUUCCUGAUGUUUCACUUGACAAAAGUAUUGCUAAAUUCUGGUUGAUGAGAAGAACACAAAUUUUAUUCGUAUUCUUAAUUUAGUUGUUUGAUAUGAACGUCUGGCUUACAUAAAAAGUAGUUUCCAUGGGGGAAAAAUACCAGUCUGUAGCUUCCAUAUCUGUUUUGGCUGAUGAUUUUACAGUUCAAACAUUAGUGGCACAUAAUAUUCUCUGUUUUUAGAACAAAGUAUUUAGGCUCUGCCAAAAAUGGUUCUUUUUAACCUCUCUCUCUCCCCCAUAUAUGGCUAUGGUUUAAUGGCGCCUUCAGCCUUCUCCCUCUUUCUCUCUCACCUCCUCUUCCCAUCUUCCCACCUUUCCAUCUCUCUAGCAACAGCCAAAUAAGAGGGAAUAUGGCAACGUAUGGAACAAUCCCGACGGAGCCAGUCCCUUUAUCGAACCUGCAUUCCACUUCUCGUGCAAGAGAGCGCAUUGCGUCGUGCCUCGGCACGCAAAGGCCAUGGAUGGAGAUGAUCCAGCUUCAAGACCUGACCUUCCCCGCAUCCUCUAAGCAGCUAAUCAACAGAAUUAAGAACAAUGCAGAGUUCUUCUGGACCAAUUACAUUCUCAUCAUAUUAUUCAUCCUCUUUCUAAGUUUGCUAUGGCAACCCAUCUCAUUUAUGGUCUUCAUCAUCUCAUUGUUGGCUUGGCUGUACUUAUAUUUCUUACACGACGAACCCUUUGUAAUUCGGGGCAGGACGGUCGACGAUCGAUUGGUGAUGGUGGUCUUAACUUUAAUCACCGUUGCAUUGCUUUUCUUUACACAUGCAACUAAAAACAUUAUAAUUUCUAUGUCCAUUGGGGUGGUGGUGGUGUUUGUGCACGGAGCAUUGAAAGGGAGUGAGGAUAUUUUCUCGUUGGAUGAAGAAGGUUUAUCAGAAUGUGCAGGUGGAAGAGGUGUCAUCAAGAUGCCUCUCAAGCACGCUGCCUCCGCUUCUUUCUCCCUAUCAUAGAAAAAACAAACAAACAGCGCUUUAUUUUAUGGCUCUUGAUGUUCUAAAAGGGAAAGGAGUUUGAGUUUCAUGUUUUUCCUUGUAAAUUUUGUUGUUAUUGUUCAUAAUUGACUCCCUGGGUUUCAUUGUACAUUAGCUUUGCUUGCUUUUGAUUAAAAUCUCUGUAUUUUUUUAACAUUCUGGAACAUACCUUUUGUGUAAGAACCUAAGUCUAUCGUUAGUAGAUACUGUAUUUUUUGGGC